CCCCAGCUCACAAACACACACACACACACUCCCAUUAAACAUAUGUCUGUGUGUGUGAGUGUCCUCCUCCCUCAGUCUAUCCAUGGCUGGAUUGUGGCAGCAGCUCCUGCCCCUACAGCAGGGUCGAGCUCUGCUUCUCCUUCCCUUCAUCUGUCUUUUCUACCCGCCCUCGAGUGCUAUUCCCUGGGAUUCCAAAGCCAGUCCACUCCCUCUGAAGGGUUUUGAGGUGGUGAAGGGAAAUUUCUCCAGGACUUUCCUUCGUGUUGGCUACCAUAAAAUAACAGAGAUUCCUGCAGGAGCAUGCAACAUCAGCAUACAGGAGACAAUAAAGAGCCGAAACUACCUGGCUCUGCAGACACAAAGUGGUGUCUCCAUCAUCAACGGCAACUGGGUGAUUGACAGGCCGGGGAUCUUCACCGUUGUAGGAACGGAGCUGACGUACAAACGGCCAAAUGAAAUCCGCUCUCGCAAUGGAGAGUCCAUUACUUCACCCGGGCCACUGUCUGAAGACCUGCAUGUUUAUUUAAUCUACCAGCAACCAGGUCCGAAAGUAUACUAUGAAUACAUUGUGUCAUUACAAAGCACAACCCCCACUCCUGAGCAGACCACACCUGCUACUAUUCUGCCCUUGGCUGAGACAGUGGGCCCAACCCAACCAGGGGAGAAGGAGCACCAAGGUGAGGUCACUAACAAUGACAUCAUCAAAGAGAAACCCCAUCCUUACCAGAUUCCCCCUGAGCCCAGCGUGAAACCCCAACCCACCUACACCUGGACAAACAGUGGGCGGACUGAGUGCAGCACUACCUGUGGGACUGUGUGUUUGUUUGCACCCUCAUUUUAG